UUAGGUCCAGUUUGCAUGCAGUAUUCGACAGCCAUGCGUGUGUUGACCUUGUUGCUGCUGGUGGUGGCGGCCGUGGCCCUCGCCUCCCCGGGCCACAAGGGUCGUGGCCGCGGCGGGUAUAGCCGCCCUCACUACGUCUAUGUUCCCGUACACGUCCCUGUCCACCACCACCAAACCGUUCACUACGUUGGUGGUUACGGAGGCGGACACGGAGGUGGUUAUGGAGGCGGACACGGAGGUGGUUAUGGAGGCGGACACGGAGGUGGUUAUGGAGGCGGACACGGAGGCUAUGGAGGCGGAUACGGAGGGGGUUAUGGAGGAGGAUACGGAGGGUACGGGAAAUAGCAGAGACGCAGUAACUUCAGGUUUAUAUGGUGUGUAUUGUAUAUGGUCUGUAUACUGUGUAUUGUCUGUAUACCGUGUAUGGGCUGCAUAUUGUAUAUGGUCUGUAUACCGCGAAUGGUCUGUAUACCGUGUAUGGUCUAUAUAUAGUGAAUGGUCUGCAUAUUGUGUAUGUCUCAUAUACUGUGUACGGUCUGUAUACCGUGCAUGGCCUGUAUAUUGUAUAUGUCAUCACCUUCAUGUCACUCAUUAUUGUAACGAAACUUUAAAUAAAAACUAUUAACUGGA